GAAGCACAAGCUUCAUUGGUUUCCUUCCAAGGCCGGCUCUGUUCACCGGCUAUGAGCCUAGAUUUGAAGGAACAUCCCAUGGCUUCAAACCAAACACUCACCGCCUUGUCUUCUUCUUCCUAUGUGGUUCCUACAAAGACGUCAUCAAUUGGUAUGAGUAGGGGAAUGAGAUGGUGGGAAAAGUCAACGAAAGUCAACAUGUCAGAGAUUCACUCUGCUAAUCAUCUUGUUGACUCUUUGUUGAACACUGGAGAUAGAUUAGUUGUUCUUGAUUUCUACUCUCCUGGUUGUGGUGGCUGCAAAUCUCUCCACCCAAAGAUCUGUCAAUUGGCUGAAUCAAACCCAAACGUGAUGUUUCUCAAAGUGAAUCAAGAAGAGCUUAGAACAAUGUGUCAUGGCCUUAACGUUCAUGUGCUUCCUUUCUUUAAGUUCUAUAGAGGAGCAGAGGGUAAACUAUGUAGUUUCAGCUGCACCAUCGCCACCAUUAUACAAGCGACAAGAAGCUAGCCUCCUGACUUAAGCCUUCUUCAACACUUCUUUGGUGGGAGUCCCAUUCUCUGACGAUCGAAUCCCUUCCUCAAUACGCUACAACACAACCACCACGAAUAAUAUGGUCACGCACGGUUUUUUUUUGUUGAGGAUUAAAAACUUGUAAAGCUUUCUAAACUCAUUUACCUGAAGAAGAUAGUUGUGAAGCCAAUCCAGCGUCUGUGGGAAAGUGGUGGCCGAUAUAUUAACAACAGUCACUCCCUGUGAAUUGAAGGAGCAAAGGUAGUCUUCAAUGGUCUUCAGGUUUGUAAGUAGUCUCUCUUUCUCCUAGCAAAAAGAAAGAUCAAACAGUGUUCACACCAACUUUCAAGAUCAGUUUAGUGAAAGCUUGAGGUUUGUUUAA